CUAACAAAUCAUUCAUAGUCUCCCCUUGGUGCCAAAAAAAUAACAAGAAAAUUCAAUUCUCCCCACCACACCUGGAAUAAAACUCGCUCUGGGUGUGAGGAAGGUCUCUUUCCACCGAUUCGCCGAGUCACCGGGCCCGAGUUUGACCAGUCCGCCGAAGACCCAAACGUCGCCAUCCCUCGCCGCCGGCGGAAUUCUCCUAUGUUUGUAUGAUUCAAUGAUUCCUUGGUUAAGUAAGCCAUUUCAGGUAGACUGCCAAAAAAUGUCGUCCGGUGGUUCUCCCGGCAACCCGCUACUCCCUGUCUCGGUCUCUCCCGGCGAUGAAGAUAAAGAGAAGCUCAUCAAAGGAGACGAGAAAGAGAAGUUCUUUCGAGGCUCCGCCAUGACCAAGCGAGGCGCUUACGCAGCCAUCUCUUACAUGGUUUGUGCCGGUAAUUUGUCAAUCCAACUCGGGGUGAAUUUAGCCGUCUUUUAGGUAUAAAAGCUUUGAUUCCCAGCUAUGAAUUAUGUUUUCUGCUUUUGAAAUUGCCGUGCUUCUUGUAAUGUUCAAUAAAGCGGCCCUCUUUUCUUACAGCUUUCCAAGUGCCAAUGUCAUAACACUCUUUCAGGUAUGAUUGCUAUCUUCGUGAUUGGGAUGAUUUCUAUUUAAUGUUGGUUUAUCAGCUUGAAUUCAGCAAAUCCACUUGAUCAUGGAGAAAUUAUAUUAAUUCUACCUUGGAUUGAGCUAGGUUUUGGAGUGCUUCUGAGGUGGAAUUGAUAUAUGUGAUUACUUUCAUGGUGCUGGUAUUAAUACUGAUACUGUUCUUAUUGUACUUGCUUUGUAGAUGAUAUCGUCUUGCUCGUUUCUGUACCUGUUAUGGAGAUCGAGGAUUAUAUCUUUCAGUGCAGCUGAAUCUAUGACUGUUUCUGAUAACAGCAACAUUACUUUCGUAUCGUUUGAGACGUUGAGCACACUCUUCCUAUCUCCUACUUGCUUUACAUGGUAAUUAUCCAUUAUGAUCUGUAUGAAUGAACACUUGCCCUCCCUAGUCUUAGUAAUGCUUUUGUUGAACAGAAUGAAAACUUGCCCUCCCCUAUUCUUAGAAGUAAUGCUUUUGUUGUUUUUCCCUUUUCUACCGGAAGCUAGUUACGAUGGAAUUGGUGCGAGGAGUUACUGUUCCCAUGUACACUACUCUGAGGAGGACUACGGUAGUGUUUACAAUGAUAAUGGAGUACUUUCUUGCUGGGCAGAGAUACACAUCUCCAAUUGUUGGAAGGUUAGUUGAACUUAUUUUCUAGUGCAGAGUGUUGUUUUAUCUGCUCCAUAUAACUGAAACUAUUUGAGGAUGUUGUUCAGUGUUGGGUUGAUAGUUUUUGGUGCUGUUAUUGCUGGGGCACGGUACUUAUCAUUUGACUUCUAUGGAUAUGUUGUUGUCUUCAUGGCCAAUAUCACGACAGCAAUAUAUCUUGCAACCAUAAGCCGCAUUGGUUUUUGCUCUUGAACUCUUCUUUUAGUUUCACAUUUUUAGGUUGUCUCCAGUUUUUGAAAUGUUCCUUCAGUAAGCCUAACGUGUGUGGCAUUGCAUGGUUUGUGACAUAUUCUUUCUGUCAGGAAAGUCUACUGGCCUUAAUAGCUUUGGACUUAUGUGGUGCAAUGGGAAGUUUGACAGAUUAUGGUUUCCAGACUUCAUCAGAUAAUUGAUUUAUACUUUUCUUUGUUCUUUUGACCCUUUACCGAACAAUGAUACCAUGUUUUUUUUUUUUUAAUAACCGGAGUUAUAUGUGGACCUGUUCUCCUGUUUUGGACACUUAUACGCGGGGACAUAGUGAUGACAAUGCAUUUCCCUGAUCUUUUUUUACCUGGUUUCUUGGUAUGUUGUUGUUACUAUAACAGUCUCAUGCGAGUCCCUUCGGGGACAUCCGAUAACAGUCUCAUGCCAAACUCUCUAUCUGAUGUGAAACGGCAGUCUAAAUUGUCUUUGAUUCAAAUUUCAAGUAUGAAGGAUAAAAUUAUGUAUUCAUUAAAUUAAUUCAGCAUGUAUCUAUCUUUGAGCUGAUUGGCUCCUUCAGUUCUGAAGUUACAGGUGCUUAACUGCUUAUUGUAUUUGCUUUGCUCUGCUAUCAAUGCGUAAAAGUCCCGUAUCAUAUUUGCUUUGCUUCAGAGACCUGUGCUAUUAAAUGUUUCAUUUUUUGUUUCAUGCCUUCAAUUGUGCAUGGUUCCAAUCAUCUAAACAUGAUCCUGGCAGAGUUGGGUACUAGAGCUUUUCUGUUAUUUAAUAUGUAAGCGAUACAAAAUAAUGCGUUGUUCUGUGGUUUUGACAAGCAUGCUCCUUUUUUCAGGAUGUGAUGGUCCUUUCUUGCAUACUGGCGUUCUUCUUGAAUUACAGCAUUUUUCUAAAUACAACACUCAAUUCAGCACUAACACAGACAAUUUGUGGCAAUCUCAAGGUUUGUAAACAUGAUUGCUUAACUCCCCCCUCCCGCCUUUUGUUACUUGUCCUUUUUUCCUUGUUGGUAUUUCGACCUGUCUCCUGCCUGCAGUUCAUUGGGUGGUAAGCAGGGGUUUUCAGGAAGAUUAAGAAGCGUGCAAAUUUGGAUUUCUUACAAAUGGAAUUUGAUAAACUAGUAUUGGAAUGUAACUACUCUGUAGUUUCGGAGUACUCUUCCGAAUAGAACUUUCUAAGUUCUAACCAUGCGAAAAUGUAUGUUGCUGACAAUAUUCCAGAUGCACUGAGGUUGGGUUGCAUUUGUUAUGACGUCAAAAUGUUGUCUUUCGUUAGCUAUUAACAAAGUUGUUCCUGAAGAAGGUCUCUGUAGUUUGGAAACGCGCAUGUUAUUCUUUUGAAUGUCCCUCUACUUUUGCUGCUUGGCAAAACCUGUGGAUGUUGUUUGAUUCUCCAUUGACUUCUGCUAUUCCAGGAUCUGUUCACUAUUGGAAUUGGUUGGGCAGUUUUUGGCGGACUCCCUUUCGACAUUGUAAGCUUUUAAAACUCUUUUCUCAUUUUAUGUGAUCAGCUCUUAGAGAUACGCUAAUAAUGUGGGCAUGUUUAAUUAACUGCUGUGCAGUUUAACGUUCUUGGACAAUUCCUGCGUUUCUUCGGCUCUGGGUUGUAUGCUUACUUCAAGCUGAAAGGGAGGUAACUAAGGCCACUACAAGGUGAACAACAAUUCAGUUAUUGGAAGUCGGUUAAUCUACCUCUGAUUCUUGAGUCACAAUUCCUAGUACUCUCAGCAUGACAGCUUACACAGAUUGGUCGACUAUAUCUACUACUCGAAGGCCUGUUCUCCGGGUUCUGGCUUUUCAUGUGAGUUAUAGCAACUGACCUUAUUCGGGCUUUACCUCUGACCGAGUCCUGACUGCAGAAAGUUCCGUUGGAGGCCGUUCAUGUAAUGACUGGGCAUAGUAGCAUAUAGGACGGGUCAACAUCCUUCCAAAUUUUGGCUUUCUACUCGUAAUGCUGAUCCUCUUGUUUUCUGCUGUAGUUUCCGCUUAUCUCGGAAGGUUGUUGAUUCCAUUCCAGUAUUAGGUAUUCUGUGCAUUGCUGCUCAAGGCACUUAUGAAUGUCGACGGUUUUGAAGGGUUAGGAGGGCAAGUUGUGCAGGAGAAGGAAUGGAUGAUUGGGUGUGUUUUGGGUGGUUGUGAUGGACCACAAGAAAUGAAAGCAUGGGUCCAAGAGAUGCCCAAUAAUUUGAUACUAGCCUACAACGCAUAUUACAGUGAUGAAAUGUGGAAGUAUCAUUCCAUGCAAAAGGGUGGGAUGUUGUGAAACUUUCACAUUCUUAUUAUGUAAUUGGAAGAAAAGGAAGCGCAAAAGAUGGAGGAGUCAAGGCGCGGUUUGCACGGACGACGUGAAGAAGUGGGUCGAGUCAAUCAACCUUGAGGGCAAGGUUGGUCUCAAGGGGGAGGGGAUGAUAGAAACCUAUUUCCCACAGGUUUCUAUUAUAAUUACCAUAUCCAUGCUAGAGAUAAUUAUUAGGUUAAAUAAUUACUUGGUUGUUAAGUUUAGGUUUAUUGUUAGGUUUUCAGCUCUUUUCCUAUAUAAGUGUACUCGGUUAUUCUUUUAAAAAUCAAUCAAGAAAGUUAAUACGAAAUU